AUGAGCCGAAUGAGACUGAUUUCUACGAUUCUGCUCCCUUCAAGGUAUUCUGGUUCAUUGUGGAGAGAUAAGUUCGAAAUGCUCUUGAUGAAAUUAUUCAUAGUCCUGCUUGCGGCUUAUCUGUGCAGUGCUUCUGCAUCAUUUAUAAAUACGUGUACAAGACUGUGUAAAAGCGAAGUUGAGAAAUAUAACAAAGAGCACCCACAGUCGCCAAGGAAUCCCAAUUGCGCACAGUGGUGCAAAGAUAUUGUGGAGGGCAAGCAGUACAAAUAUGUCGACAAGUUAAUUUUGCAGAUUUUGCAAUGAAAAUAUACACACUA